GUAUCGUCUAACCUCAUGGAAUUUGUUCAUUCAUUCAGUUCUCAGUGAUUUUUGUCUGGAGCGUUCCAAGAAAGUGUACUGCCUCUUACUACAACUACAAGUUUCAGAGUCAUAAACGGUUUUCCAAAAGCUGCUUUAUUGAAACGCCGUCUAUCAAUUGCCUUGGCUCCAGCCUUCCCUUCACCAACCAAUCACUUGCUUGUAUAAGAUCCACCAAAAGCAGUUUCAGAAGAUAACUUGCCAUUUACAAGAACAGUGCGUUGACUAUUCAGACAUUUGUUUUUGUAACACGCUUAGGAAAUAAUGUCAGUCUUAGGGUUCUUUGUCUUGCUUUGCAUUUCUCACAUGUCACACCAACUGCCUGAGUCAAUUACAAUCGAGAGAACGGCGGCCAUCACUGUCCACAAAGAGCAUGACAUUCACUUGGCCGAGGGAUUGUACGACAUAAAUUUGGCAGGGUCUUUGGAGAAACCAUUGCUAAUACGAGAACAUUGGCUGUCACCGUCUCAAAAACAACUUUGUGAUGGUAGUGUUGAUACAAAGCACGUCUGCGAUUCUUUGAACGUAAUCAGUGAAGCGGGCCGAGAAAUGGCCAGACAAAUGGAGAAUGUGUUUGCAGAUGUCAAUGAAGAGAGAAGGAACCGCCAAAGACGUGCUUUGCUACCUUUCAUUGGGGAAAUCUCUAAAGUUUUAUUUGGAACGGCGACGGCCAAUGAUCUUGAUAAAAGUAUUGAGCAUUUGAACAGUUUGGGUCACAAAAUUGAUGAGAUAACAAAAUCUCAUGAUGAGAUGGUAAGUGUCAUCAACGAGAACGCUCUACAGCUGCAGAAUCUCGCUUCUUCUGUGUCACAGAACAACGAGAAAUUUGGCAAAGCGCUGCAGACAUUGCAGGACAGUAUUGAAUCCCUUCGUUCAGACACUCGCAACCGGUUCAUAAUUCUUGAAGCCUACACAGCUAUGCUUGAAAAGGUUAACGAAAUAAGACUACAGCUAGAAAAAAUAAGAUCAGUUCAUGAUUCUUGCAAACAAAAAAGGUUGCCAAAUCUUCUGUUCCCAGUGUACCGGUUAAGAAGCGUUUUGGCAGCUCACCGAACAGUAAUUGAAAAGAAAAAUAUGUUUUUGUCUAUACCUGAUUCUCAAAUGCAGCUCUUCUACGAUCUGCCAACAGCUACGUGCACUUUCAGCGAGUCUAGACUACUUCUGGUAAAGUUAGGUGUUCCCCUGAGCUACAAGAUAGCUCCUUGGAAAGCAUUUUCUAUCAGUCCUAAUAAAUUUCUCAACAACGGUUUGACAUGUUCUUUGUUAAGUGAAAAGGUAUAUUUGGCCACUGACAAAAGUAGAGUAAUUACCCUUCAGGAUGCUCAGCGCCUUGGAACGACUUAUAUCUAUGUUCGUCAGCAGUUCUUCUCUCCAGCUGACAAAACCAACUGCGUGGAAUCACUGCUGACGAACACAGAUAUAACGGAAAUAGCCAAGACAUGCCCGCUUAUCUGUUCUUACAAUCCCAAAGUCACUGUGGAACAAUACAAUGAAACAGCAUUUACAGUUGUGAACCCUGUCGACACUCUCCACGUUUUCUGCGGUCGCGCGGUGUCACAGAGUUUAGAACCCAUUCAGGAUGGACGCUACCUUCUUUCUUUGGGCUGUGAAUGCAGUUUGCAGAAUGUUGACACGAAGGACACGCUGAUCCACGACAGUGUUGUGUGCGAUCGUAGUGAUGCCUUCACGUCUUUCAUUGAUUCCAGCCUUGUAAAUGAGGGUUUCUCCGCAUACAACAUUUACGCAAGUUACUCAACCCUUUCACAAAACAAAACGCCGAUCCUUCCCGAAUUACAUCUAUCUGACAUUGUUGUUGUCACUGCUGCACCUUUACCAACGGGCAAUUUGUAUGAAGAUUUGCCCAAAACGUCUAGAGAUUUCUUUGUAAUAACUUGGGGUAGUACGUUGUUGCUUGUUUUGAGUAGUGCCAUAGGAAUUAUUAUUUUUCUCAUAAAAGCUGGGAUAAUUUCGCCAUUUUCUCUUUGUUGUUGUUUAAAUCAAUCGGAAGGAAACGAUGUGGCAAAUGUACAAGUAGAAGGGCAUUCUGAGGCUGAUGAGACUGACAACGAUCAUCAGCCCGGAAUACCGCUGUCUGAAAUUGCGGCACGCUUGCCACAAAUCGCUUCGCAAUUAACGAAACAUGUUUGA